CCCUGCGGCCCGCAGGACCCCCGCCGACCGCUCGCCCUCCUUCCGCCCCAGCCGGGGCCGCCGCGGGCUGGGCGCCCGAGGCGGAGGCCGCGGGGAAGGUCGGGGGGAGGGCGGUUUCCUCCCGCCCCACACCCAGCCUGCGAGCCGGAUAUAUAGUGUAACGUUCGGGAGCCGAAAGACCAGAGCAGUUUCCUAGCGGCUGGAGUUAUUGCCCGUGACCUCGGGGAGGGACCGGGAUUUGGAGCAGCACUCGUUGAACCCCAGCCCGGGCCGGGGGCGCAGGAACUUCUUCCUGGAGCCGUAAAAGACGAAGGGGAGAAUCAUGUCCAUGAUUGCAGCCUUCUAUAGUGGCAAGUCCAUUCUCAUUACUGGGGCCACAGGCUUCCUGGGCAAAGUGUUGAUGGAGAAGCUCUUUCGCACCAGCCCUGACCUGAAAGUCAUUUACAUCCUUAUGAGGCCCAAGGCUGGCCAGACACUGCAGCAGAGGGUUGUCCAGAUCUUAAAUAGUAAGCUGUUUGAAAAAGUCAAAGAAGUGUGUCCGAACGUGAAUGAGAAGAUCAGAGCUAUUUACGCAGACCUCAACCACAAUGACUUGGCCAUCAGCAAGGAGGACAUGCAGGAGCUGCUGUCCUGCACGAACGUCGUCUUCCACUGCGCCGCCACCGUCCGCUUCAACGACUCUCUCAGACAUGCUGUGCAGCUUAACGUUACCGCCACCCAGAAGCUCUUGCUCAUGGCCAGUCAGAUGCCGAAGCUCGAGGCCUUCAUACAUAUCUCUACUGCCUUUUCCAAUUGCAACCUGCAGCACAUUGACGAAGUCAUCUACCCAUGCCCUGUGGAGCCAAAAAAAAUCAUUGAUUCCAUGGAGUGGUUAGACGACGCUAUUGUUGAGGAGAUCACCCCCAAACUGAUCCGGGAUUGGCCCAACACUUACACCUACACGAAGGCCUUGGGAGAGAUGGUGGUGCACCAGGAGAGCGGGAACCUCAACAUCGCCAUCGUGAGGCCCUCCAUUGUGGGAGCAACCUGGCAGGAGCCCUUCCCAGGUUGGGUUGAUAACGUAAAUGGACCCAGUGGGCUCAUUAUUGCGACUGGGAAAGGCUUCCUUCGGGCCCUGAGAGGUGCUCCAAUGGCUGUGGCAGACCUGAUUCCAGUGGACACGGUCGUCAAUCUCACCUUGGCUGUAGGAUGGUACACCGCAGUUCACAGACCUAAAUCAACAUUAAUCUACCACUGUACAUCUAGUAACUUUAAUCCCUGUCACUGGGGCAAAAUGGGAUUCCAAAUCUUGGCAACCUGUGAAAAAAUCCCAUUUGAGAGAGCUUUUAGGAGGCCAUAUGCUGACUUCACAACCAACACCAUCACAACCCAGUACCAGAAUGCGGUCAGCCACUGGGCCCCUGCCAUCAUCUACGACCUCUAUCUCCGGCUCACAGGAAGGAAGCCCAGGAUGACGAAGCUCAUGAAUCGGCUUCUAAGAACUGUUUCCGUACUGGAGUAUUUCGUCAACCGGAGCUGGGAAUGGAGCACAAACAACACAGAAAUGCUGAUGUCCGAGCUGAGUCCCGAAGACCAGAGAGUAUUCAACUUUGAUGUGCGCCAGUUGAACUGGUUGGAAUAUAUUGAAAAUUAUGUUUUAGGAGUUAAGAAGUAUUUAUUGAAAGAGGAUAUGGCUGGGGUCCCAGAAGCAAAGCAACACUUAAGAAGGCUCCGCAAUAUUCACUACCUCUUUAAUACCGCCCUCUUCCUCAUCGCCUGGCGCCUCCUCAUCGCAAGAUCCCAGAUGGCUCGGAAUGUCUGGCUCUUCAUCGUGAGCCUGUGUUACAAAUGCAUCUCCUACUUUAGGGCAUCGAGCUCGCUCAAGGCCUGAGGACGUUUGUCAGUCUCUACUUAUCUGGAACCUCUCAGAUACCUCUGAAACAGCCAACUGUGGUUCUCAAGAUGAGGAGUAACAAAGAAUAUGUAACCUCAUUACCUGUCCAAUGUGCUGUCACAUAUUCAUUCCUAUUUCUUAGUUGUAUGUUCUUUUUAUUACAGUGAGAGAAGGGAAGUCAUGCCCUACCCUAUAAUCAUAUAUAUUUUAGGAACAAAUUAUUUCCAGACUGUUUUCUAACACCCUAGUCUAUGUCCUUGAAUAAAAAACACCAAAGUACAACCCUAUUUCUACACUUAGCAUUUUUCUCCUUUAGAGGACUAGUUUCAACUCAAAAAAGAACAUGGAAGAACACAUGGUAGAAGCUGAAUUAUGCUUAAAAAAAAAAGAGGCAGUUCUAACCUUGGGACUAUUCUAGGGUACCCAGUAUAAAGGUUUAAAAUCAAUGUAAGUGGAGAGAGAAUGGUCUCAACAUCCUCUUAAUGUUAAUAGAAAUACUUUAAUUCUCCACUGAAAAGUUUGCUUCCUUCCUUGUGUUACAUCAUGGAGUCCUGGUUGAAGGCUGGGGGAAUUAGAAAACUGGACUUACAUUUAAUAUUUUUCUUAACUAGAUCCACUUCUGAAACCUAAAAACUGAGGUGUAAAUAAUUAUGCACAGAAUGAAGGCUCAAGCAUACCUGCAUUAAGACUCGGUUCUUUAUGCUUUUAACUAAAAAUCCUCAUAAUUUGAAUUUGACAACUAUUAUUUCUAAAUCUUUUGAAUUACCAAUUUUCUUGAUAACCUUCUCUCAAGCAUUUCCUUCUUCUUCAUCCAACUCACCAAACCCCUUAUAUUCAGACUUGUUUUACUCAGGCCUCAGUGACAAAUGGAGAGGAAGGUUGUAGGCUGGAAUCAUAAAAACCCAGUCCCCUGAUCUUUGCCACCGAGGAAUGGAAAACUUCAAAAAUGUAAAUUUAGUUUUAGUCUUUUUCUAUGAAGUGGGGAAGGUUACCCGUCUGUGAUCCCCAGGAUCUGCGAGUACUAUGACCAUCCAACUGUACAAUGUACAGCAGGAGGGAUGUCAUUAAGUGACUCCAAGUUUAGAGAAUAGGUGUUUUGUU